UCCCUAGAUUUAUUUAAAAGAGGACACUGGAACACAGAACUGGCAGAACUGGUGCACAGUUAAAGCUUAUACACUACUUUGUCCUUUAUUGCGAUCUCUAACACUGAAGAAUAAUGAAGACUCUGGUUCUGGCUCUGAUUUUUGCCUUGAUGCUGAUGAGUGGUUCUGCUCUCCAAUGCAACAACUGUGUUCCAAGUAAAGGUACUAGAUGUACUAACACGAUCGGAACAUGUGGCUAUAAGAAAGACGCCUGUAUCUCUGCUCGAUUCACCAUCUAUCCAUUUACUUACUUCAGGAGAUGCAUCGCAAUGUCAGACUGCCUACUUCUACAGUCCACUUCGAACAUCGUAGCUCGAUGCUGUCAGACAAACCUCUGCAAUUAGGAUAACGCAGAACCACGAACAUCUAAACGAUCUAAAGGAUGAUCUGUUCAUUAUUACUUUUGUUUUCUGUCCUUUUUUUCCCUUUUCAGUUAUAUACUCAGAAAGAAACAUUAUAUACUCUGUGGGUUCGGUUCUGUACCCGAGUCUGUUUUAACUUGACAAAGUCUGACAAUCUUGUACUGAUGAAAUGCAUUUUAAAAUAAAAGUCUAUUCAGCAGUAA